AUGCGAUCGAUAUCCCUUCUAGCACUUUGCCUUGCGCCGGCCGUCAUCCACGCCGGCCAUGUCCCCUCCAACUCCUGUAAAGCCUUCCCAGGAACCAACAAGUGGCCUGCCUCGUCGCAAUGGGACCGGCUCAACGCCACUGUGUCAGGCCGUCUCAUCAAGCCGUUGGCGCCUGGAGGCGUCUGCCAUCCGGGCCAGCCCAACUACAACGAGGAGGAAUGCAAGAAGCUCCCCGACGAGUGGAAGACGUACGAUUGGCACAGCCGGGACCCUGUCUCGAUGAUGUUCGCCAACUGGGCCAACUGGACGUGCUUGCCCGACCCAGCAGCGCCCUGCAGCACCAGCGGGUAUCCUGCGUAUGUGGUCAAUGCAACGACACUCGAGGAUGUGAAAGCCGGAGUUGAUUUUGCUCGGGAGAACAGCGUCCGAAUCGUCGUCAAAGGCACUGGUCAUGAUUUUCUAGGCCGGUCCAAUGCCCCGGGCAGUUUGUCCAUCUGGACACACUACCUCAACUCGAUUACUUUCCAUUCCGGCAAGUUUAAGCUGACAGGCAGUGAUAUCGUCAUCGAAGGCGACGCCAUCACGGCUGGUGGCGGUGCGCAGAUGUACGACUUGUACAAGGCUGCCGACGAACACAACGCCACCAUUGUCGGAGGCGGAGCCAAAAGCGUGGGAGUCGGUGGAUAUUACACUGGCGGCGGCCACGGCUUACUUGCGCAUGACUAUGGACUUGCCUCGGACAACGUUCUCGAGAUCCAGGUGGUGACACCAAACGGGAAGAUCCUCAUUGUAAAUGAAGCUCAGCAUUCAGACCUCUUCUGGGCGCUACGCGGUGGAGGUGGUUCAACUUUUGGAGUCAUUACAUCCAUCACUAUCCAAGCCCACCCAACACCGGUACUGCAGCAUAUCAACUUGAUUGCCGGCAUUCCCGCAAACUCUACCCGCAGGGACGAGUUCCUCAGCUUCAUGCUCAACAAGGUCCCGGAUUUGCUCGACUCCGGUCUCAGGGGUUACUGCUUCCUGAACCCGCUGGGACUUCCGAUGCCAAUCCCUGGCCUACCGGAUGGCAUGUCAAGCUUUUCGGGAGCUUUGAUAUUGAUUAACAAGGGCCCAGAGGCGGUUUAUGAAAUCCUGGCGCCAAUAAACGCCACAAUCCAGGAACGCUUUGGAGGCAAGGCAGGUAUAUACUCGGACGGAGUCAAGUCGUACAACAGGUUGCUUGAUUGGUUUGACGUAAACUAUGAUUCUGGGACAACAGGCGGCACAGCUCUCAUGGUGUCUAGGUUGAUCGACCGAGCACCCUUGAAGGACAAGUCAGACGAGACCGCCCAGGCCCUCAUUACUGCUGCAAAGGCUGCAGGGUUGAUCUCAUUCUAUCCCCUGGGAGGCAAGGGCGUGAAUGAGGCAGUUCCGCGAGGAGGUUCCAACUCGGUGAACCCAGGCUGGCGAAAGGCAUACGUCCAUACGUUGAGCGCACUGCCCUUUACACCGUUUAAUAGGACCUCUGAGAAGGAAGUUGCGGAGUUGCUCGACGCCUCGUUUGACCCACUUCGCAAGCUCACACCUGGUCUUGGAGCUUAUAUCAAUGAAGCCUCUCCGUAUGAGGAGGAUCCUUACACAACCUUCUGGGGAGACAACUACAAGCGACUUCUUGAAAUCAAGCGCCGUGUUGAUCCUAAGGAUGUGUUUUGGUGCUCUCCUUGCGUUGGAAAUGAACGGUGGAAGGAGCGUGAGGAUGGAAGACUCUGCAAGGUUGACCCUGCGGGAUUUCUUGACUGA